AUGGCAACUGUAAUGGAAGAAACUCGAGAAUAUUGGAAGGACCGCGCCUGCCUACUUUUUUGCCCGGAAUGCACCUUCCCACUUCAAGUUUUCGUCAGUCGCCUCGAGAUUCAAGACCCACCUUUGUCUCUUCCGCCCCAAACGCUGGUUAUUCCUCCUUGCGGUGCUGUAUAUCCAUCUCGACUUUUUUCUCACCCUCUUGUUUUUCUCCCCCAUCUCUCAAACUCCUUCUCUACCUUAGAGUAUCUCUAUACUCAACACGCCUCAACGUAUCUCACAUCAUUCUUUCCGAGAGAACCCGCCGUCCUCACAUUCGUCCAAGAAGACCCCGAUAUCAAGUGA